AUGAUAAGAAACUAUCUAGGACGAAGAUGGCUCAAUAAUUCAGCAAUUCAAGCAUACAUCGAACAAAAUUCUGCUGUCGCUCAUUCGACGGUUUUCCAAGGAAAUCUCUAUGAGUAUACGGUGAUGAGAGAACUAUCUGAAAAAUUGCGAAUGACUAAAUUAGAGAAAGUUGGUGGCGCCCAUGAUGGGGGAGUAGAUGUGAAGGGGAGCUGGCCAGUAGAUUACAUUUAUGCGAAAACCUCAUUGGUGAUGGGCAAUUUAGAAACAACUAAUACUAUAAAGAGAACGCACUCCCAAAAUGGUUUCGUUUUAAAACCAUUGAAGUAUAGAAUAAUUGAUAAUACUUUUACACCCUUGAAAGUACUGGUCCAAUGUAAAGCCUUCACUAAAUCAAAGCUGGCCCCGAAAGAAUUCCGUGAAUUAGUAGGAACAUUCAUCUCACUGGUAUCCAAUAGCCAGCGCAAUAAAACUGUCUGUAUUAUGUGCUCUCCUCAUUUGCUUACAAAAGAUACUCUGAAACUUAUCAAUAAUAUUGCGCUACCUAUGAUAUAUUUGCGGAUCGAAAUGCUGAAAGAGAGCGGCGAAGGGAAGUUUGACUUGAUCAAUUCAGGAAGAUUGGUCAACUACUAUGAAAACUCAUACGCCUCAACUUUAUUACAAGAUUGCAAUAUUCCCGCAUGGCUAAAACUAGGCAUAUACAAGAGUAGUGAUUUCGGUUUGCAGAAGUGA